UAGAAGGAUGUCAAAGGCAUCUAACAGUUGUCAGAGAGGCACAGUGUGCUGAAAGAGUGGAAUGGGAUGGAAUAGUGAUGGUGAUGGUGACGGCGGCAAAUUGGAUCAAAAUGGUUCUACAGCAACUUUGAGAUCAGGACACAGCCUACCACGAACUUUACCCACUAUUGUGUGUACAGGACACACACACACCUGUUGGCACCAGCAGUAAGCAAGCUGCUGUAGAAAUACCCACAUACCCUCCCCACAUACCCUACACACAUACCCGACAUACAUAUCUCACUAACCCCGGAGCCAAGCACUGUGGCCAGUGUGUACAGUGUACACUAUAGAGUUUAGAGAGUACAGCAAGAGGCGAGGGCAGGUUGCCAUUAUAAUAUGAUCAAACAGCGAAACCUUUAUCAGGAACCACACUGUUCCCCCCUCUCAGACCGCCUCCCUCCCCAUCCUCUUGGCUCCACCACCAAAGCAGAGUGUGUUUGUUUGCCUUCUGCUCCGCACGAACAAAAUGAACCUACGAGGGCACCACGAAAAAAAAAAUCAGUCCUCAUCUACUGGUCAUUAGUCUGUCAUCGACGUCGACACAGGUAUCUGGACUCAGCUCUCCAGGUAGACACAAAGCUGGCAGGUGAAAGCUUGCUUAGCACCCGGCUUGUGGUGAAACUUUCUCCUCUGCCAGGUCUUCACACUGGUUUGAUGGUUGGACUUGUUUAUCAGCAGCAAGUGUGACAGAUGGAGGCGCUGAAGGUGAAAUACGAACAGAACAAGGCCGAGGUCUUGUCACACCUUGACGUCAACAGCGACCUGCUGGACGUCAUGACACGUCAUGGCCUCAUUGACAUCAGCGACUGGGUCAAGUUCAAGAAUGUUGCUGAGGCUCGCGAGCGCAAUGCCACCCUGAUGAAGACCCUGGUAGAGCGCCGCACGGACCACGCCUACCCGCUCUUCAUCCAGAGCCUGCGGGACGUGGGGCAGCACACCGUCGCCGACCUCCUCACCGACAUCGGGGAAAGACUCGCAUCCUCACACAAUUACAAAUGCAGUUAGAGAAGGAAAUCCAAAGCAUCAGUGUCUACAUUCAACAAGAGGAACACCGCACCGGCCUGGUAGGCCAAACGGGAUCAGGAGCCAGCGGCCCAGAACUUCCAACUUCCAAGUCUGGGUCUGUUCCGGUGACUGACCACCAGGUGUGGGACAGCGUGCAAGCCACCCUGAAGCGAGCUACUGUCCACUUGGAGCGAUGUCGGGUGGUCAUAGAGAAGCUGCACACUGACCGCCAGGACUUGGCCACAACCAAAGACGACAUGAACCAGCAGAUCCGCAACUCCUACAACAAGGUCCAGUCCCUCCUACGCUCCAGUCACGUGUCUACGGGAGCCUUUCCCACGAGCACACAGGCGAUGUUCCAGACGAUGAUGGCGGACGUGGAGACGCUGAUGACACUCAAGAGUCGGGCGAAGGACCACGAGCACGAAGGGCGUGCCUCCUCCAUGAGGAUCCUCCGCCACCUGCGCGACUGGAUCGAGGAGAGGUCAUUGUUUUUAGACAAGUUCUGCUCAUCGACUGGAGGAGAGGUGCGCCGCGCCAUGGCUCACUGGGGAAUCUGCAUCCGCGGAGAGGUGGGACACGUACAUCUGUCAACGAGGGCAGUGGACACAGUCCGACACCCAGGUCGCACUCGCAAGACUCGCUGGAUGACAACAGCGGAGACCAAACACCGCAGGAACUCCGCCAGGACACUGGGCCACGUGAGCGCGUGGAGCCGCACGCCAUCACCACGGUGCGCAGGGUCUGCGUCUGCUGGAGCAGCAGGUGCGCAACUACGUGCAGAUGGAGAUGCAGGUGACGGGCAGGUACCGCACGGAGCUGCGCAUCAGACGCCACCGUCGCGCGGCACAGGGCUACACGCCGCGCGGCUUCAGCGACGCCCUGCGCAUGCUCGACGACCUGGAUAGGUCGCUGGCGAACAUUCCCUCCCGCAUCCAUGGCAGCAUCUCCGACAUAGGAGAGGACGGGAAGGAGAGACAAGAGAAGGACGCGCGGGACUGCGUGGCCAAGCUGAGGUCGUGUCUGGACGUCAUGCAGGAGGAGUACGACGCAUGCGCGAAGUUCAUGGAGCGGGUGACCGACGUGGAUGCGCUCUUGGCAGAGACGGAGGAGGUGAAGGAAACAAAACAGAAGAAGAACAAGAAAAAGGAUGAGCACAAGGACGAGAGGAAGAACGAUCGUGGGAAGGAAGUGGAGGAGAAGCCACGGUUCUGUCUCUUCGGGAAGAAGGGAGCUAACACCGGCUCUCACCACCACCACCAGCAGCUGACUUCCGGCUACAAGACCGCGCCACCUGUCGGUUUACCCGCCAUCGACUCGUCGGCGAACAGGCGCCUGGGGGACAACACGUCGGCGAGAGGGGAGGAGACUUUGCUGACGAGCCUCAAGCAGCUGGUGACGAGGCACGACAGAGUGAAGCAGAAGGUGCGGGAGGCGGAGGAUCGGUUCCGGCGAGAUUACGAAUACAAGCGGAGGGCGUUCGACGCCACCUUGCGAGAGAAAGGGGAGGAAAUAGCUCGCUUGCAGAUUCGUCUGAAGGAAACGGAGGCCGAGAAAGAGAAGUAUCGCACUUUGUACGACAACAUGAAGAUAGGCUUCGUCAAGCGACGCUGACGUGCAACGUGGCCCCCGGGUGGCUUGUGUACUCUCGUGACGUCACACCCUCAAUCGUCAAAGCUCGUCUACCGUUGUGACAAGAUGGCGGCUUUAGUCUCGACAGGCACGUCUGUGCAAGGUUUGCAUGGGUCAUGGAUCCAAGGGAUAAUGCGCGUGUCUAAUGGUUGCGAUAAAAUGAAUUCCAUCCUGCGUCUUGAUAUCCUCAUCUCAUAUUUACUUUUGUAUUUGAAUUGUCAGGUACAGUCCGCUCUCCCUGGAUGUAGAGCAGCAACUUUAAAAAAUAUUACAAUAAUUAUUAUACUUUGCCUUGAUAAAUAAA